AUGGAGGAACGAAACUCUUGUUUCUUCAACCCUGCAAUCUUGGAUUCCCUCGCUGAGGAUUCUCUUCAGGAAAUCAUCGCCAGCUACAAUGGCUUCUGCAACUCUACGCAGUCCCUUCUCUCCGGCAACGGCGAUCUUUCCGUUGGACCAGACUUCGUUUCGCACGUUCACACCCUCUGCAAACACAGUCUCCAUUCCCUCGUUCAAGACCACUUUCUCCUAGUCCUCGAGGAGACUUUUGAACGAAUUGGGGCAUCGAGAUUUUGGCGCCAUUUUGAUCCCUAUUCUCACGUUGCGAAUUUGAACAAGAAUGAUGACCUUGACAUUGAUGAGGAUGAGAUUCAGAGUGUGUUGUAUAAUGCUUUGGAAGAGGUUACUUUGGAGAAACAGUAUCAGGAGAAGUGUCUUUUCGUGUUGGUGCAUGGUUUGCAAUCUUACAAGGACCAGAUGUCAGAGGAUAAACAUGGUUUUGAAGGAGAAAAAAGUUACCUUACUUCUAAGUAUCAAUGGAUUGUCUCUUCUGUUCUUAUGGCCACAGUUCCUCGGCAUUUCCCUGUUAUAUUGCAUUGGUAUUUUAAAAGAAAACUGGAGGAGUUAAGUACGAUUAUGGAUGAAGAGUUUUGUGAUGAUGCGUCUCAAGAUAAGGAUGGCAUGGAUUUAGAUGAAGGAGGAAAAAUAUGCAGCAAGGGUGGUGAAAUGGAUGUUGAUGAGUGCUAUAACGACCAUAGGUUCUCGGAAAACAGUAGACUGGUGAAGAACGUUGGAAAGGUUGUUCUUGAUCUUAGGAAUCUUGGAUUUACUUCCAUGGCUGAAGAUGCCUAUGCUUCUGCUAUAUUUUUACUACUGAAGGCAAAAGUAAAUGAUGUAGCUGGUGAUGAUUUCCGAAGUUCUGUUUUACAAUCUAUUAAAAGCUGGAUACAGGCUGUUCCUCUUCAAUUUCUGCAUGCGCUUCUUGUCUAUCUUGGCGACGUAGUUAGUUAUGAGAGUACUUCAUCAGGUUUGAAAUCACCUUUGGCACCACAACCAUCUUCGUGCUGUCCUGGAAUUAACACUCCCUCCGAAGGGCUAGUGAGAUGGAAAUUGCGGCUGGAAUAUUUUGCAUAUGAAACACUGCAAGAUUUAAGAAUAGCUAAAUUAUUUGAGAUAAUUGUUGAUUAUCCUGAGAGCUCUCCUGCAAUUGAAGAUUUAAAAUUGUGUCUUGAAUACACUGGACAACAUUCAAAGCUUGUGGAAUCGUUUAUUUCAGCACUGCGUUAUCGCUUGCUUACUGCAGGCGCAUCAACCAAUGAUAUAUUACACCAAUAUGUCUCAACUAUUAAAGCACUUAGGACAAUAGACCCUGCAGGUGUUUUCCUUGAGGCAGUUGGUGAACCCAUAAGGGAUUAUUUAAGAGGAAGGAGAGAUACCAUAAAGUGCAUAGUAACCAUGCUGACAGAUGGGACAGGUGGAAAUUCAAGUUCAUCUGGAAAUCCUGGAGAUAGUCUUCUUGAAGAAUUGAACAGAGAUGAAGAAAUUCAAGAGAAUGCUGGUGUUGAUGAUGAUUUUAACAGUGAUGAUAGGCAAGCAUGGAUCAAUGCCAUGCGAUGGCAACCUGACCCUGUGGAGGCCGAUCCAUUAAAGGGAAGCAGAAACCAAAGGAAGGUUGACAUACUUGGGAUGAUUGUUGGCAUAAUUGGUUCAAAAGAUCAAUUAGUUCAUGAAUAUCGAACUAUGCUUGCCGAGAAACUUCUAAAUAAAUCAGAUUAUGAUAUUGAUUCAGAGAUACGUACUCUAGAACUCCUCAAGAUACACUUUGGAGAGAGCAGCCUACAGAAAUGUGAGAUUAUGCUCAAUGAUCUAAUUGGCUCAAAGCGAACCAACAGUAACAUUAAAGCUACCAUAAAUCAGCCACCUCAGACAAGUGUUAAAGUUGAAGACAGUGCAAUAUCCAUGGAUGUAAUUUCUGCCACUAUCAUAUCUUCUAAUUUCUGGCCUCCAAUACAGGAUGAGCCCCUUAGCCUGCCUGAACCUGUUGAUCAGCUCCUAUCUGAUUAUGCCAAGAGAUUUAGUGAAAUCAAAACUCCUCGUAAGCUGCAGUGGAAAAAAAGUCUUGGAACCAUCAAGCUGGAGUUGCAGUUUCAGGAUAGGGAAAUGCAAUUCACAGUAGCCCCUGUUCACGCAUCUAUCAUUAUGAAAUUUCAAGAUCAACCAAGUUGGACAGCUAAUGACCUUGCGAAUGCUAUUGGGAUACCUGCUGAUGCUUUAAAUCGGAGAAUAAAUUUCUGGAUAAGCAAGGGAAUUAUUACAGAGUCGCAAGGGGAAGAUUCCUCUGAUCAUGUAUACACCAUUGUGGAAAACAUGGCUGAUACAAGUAAUAAUGGAGCUAGUACUGCUACUCAGGAACUUCUAGGAGGCGAUGAGGAGGAGGAGAGAUCCGUGGCCUCUGUGGAAAAUCAACUUCGUAAGGAAAUGACUGUAUAUGAGAAAUUUAUCCUGGGGAUGCUCACAAACUUUGGUAGCAUGGCAUUAGAUCGAAUCCACAAUACUCUCAAGAUGUUUUGCAUUGCUGAUCCCCCAUAUGAUAAGUCACUCCAACAACUACAAAGCUUUUUAUCUGGUCUAGUCUCCGAGGAGAAGUUAGAACUUCGGGAUGGAAUGUACUUUCUGAAGAAGUAG